AUGCUACCCAGAAACAAUAUUAGGGCCGACGCCGUGCCAAUGCUCGUAAAAGAGCCCGAAAACUUCCGACUUACCACACAGGCACAGAUUCGGUUGUUUAGGUAUCCGCAGGACCACGCAUCCACUCUUACGACUCAAUCACUGUAUGCAAUUACCUGGCUUCGGCAACCUGGCAGUAUCCCAGCUCUCGUGCUUCCUUUGGGUAGCAUGGCAGCUACGCACCGAAAGGGCGCUACGGCCGACCGAUUAGUGCCGAGUCCUCUCGCUCGGCUAUGCGCAAAAUUACUGACUGGAAGGCCCCUGGUUCGAACCCAACCUUUGCAUCUCGAUCGUUCGUGUCUAGGCUUGGACAACCGAAUAUCACCUCGGCCCCCAUGCUUCCUUAGGGUGGCAUGGCUGUUAGACAUCAAAAGGGUAUGUGCCAACACAACAAGUGUUGCUACAGUGAGCACAGUGAUUGAGUUGACCGCCCCCUCAGUCUCCACUCGCUCCCGGCUGCGCGCCUCUGGUGAUCCAGUGGCUGCUGCGGUGGGAUGUGCAGGGGGUGGUAUUGUGCUAAGUCACCAGGCGGAAGUAUCCUUACUUGAGUGGAUACCUGUUGAUAGUCGCCUCUGUGCAGUUCGUCUGGCAACGUUUGUGAAGGAGUCUCACAAGCGGCAAGUUGAUAGAUAUCUGUUUAUCGUAUCUGCCCAUGCCCCAACUGACCGCAGCUCCGACGCCGUCAAAGACAAGUUUUACGACGCCCUGAAUGCCCUGCCGCGUCCAGCUAAAAGCUCAGACAUUGUGGUUGCCGGAGAUAUGAAUGCGCAAGCGGGCAAGCUUAGUGAAUCUGAGACUCAAUUAGGAGGUCGACAUGGACUGGACUCGGUACGUACGGACAAUGGGGAACGAUUGCUUCAGCUGUAUGCUGAUCGCAUGCUGUUUUUAUGCAGUACGAACUUCCGAAAUAGCCGAAGUUGUCUGGCCACUUGGUGUCCUCCAGCGGCAGGCCGGCCACAAACUCAAAUCUACCACAUUGCCAUCAGUUACCGAUGA